AUGCCUAUGUCCUGUGCCAAGUCAUUGAACACAAACUCCGAAAGUGCCCAGACAACCCCAUUAGUAGUGGCCUUCAUGAAACAUGGGGAAUGUCUCAUUGGCUUUCCUGCAAAGCAUCAAGCUGUCAUCAACCCAUCCAACACUGUCUUCGCAUUCAAGCAUUUGAUUGGUCACAAAUUCAAGGAAGUGGAGGUCCAGGAGGAUAUGAAGCACUGGGCAUUCAAGGUGGUUGAGAAGCCAUGUGCUCAUCCACCAGCUGUCAAGAGUGCUGAGGAGCUAUUGUCUAUGAUACUUACCAAGAUGCAUGCAACUGCCAAGCAGUACCUCAACAAGGAAGUCAACAAUGCAGUCAUCACAGUCCCCACAUACUUAAAUGAUGCCCAAUGGCAGGCUACCAAGGAUGCUGGUCAAAUCACUGGCCUCAAACCAACAGCCAUGGCAUUGGCAUAUGGCCUUGACCAUGCCAAGUUGCUGGUAAUUGCUGUAUAUGAUCUUGGCUGUGGUACCUUUGAUACCUCCAUCUUGGAGAUGCAUAAGGGAGUCUUUGGGGUCAAGUCUACCAACAGAGACACCCACCUUGGUGGUGAGGACUUCAACAUUGCUCUCAUCACCCAUAUCCUCAACAAGUUCAAGAAGGAGUCAAGUAUUGACCUCAGCCAAGACUGCAUGGCCAUUCAGCACAUUUGUAAGGCUGCCAAAAAGGCCAAGAUCGAGCUAUCAUCCACAAUGCAGACUGAGAUCAACUUGCCUUUCAUCACUGCAGAUGCAACUUGCCCCCAAGCAUAUCAACAUGAAACUCAACUGUGCUCAAUUCAAGUCAUCCUCAUUGGUGGUAUGACCUGUAUGCCUCUUCUUUUUGAUAUCACUCCACUCUCACUCAGUAUUGAAACUCUCAGUGGAAUCAUGACCAAGCUUAUCAACUGCAACACAACUAUUUCAAUGAAGAAGUCACAGGUCUUCUCUACCACUGCUGACAGCCAGACCACCAUUGAGGUCAAGAUCUUCCAGGGUGAACAUGAACGUGUUCAGGACAACAAGCUCCCUGGCAACUUCAACCUUGUUGGCAUCCCUCCUGCUCUGAAGGGCAUCCCCCUAAUUGGGAUCACUUUUGACAUCAAUGCUGAUGGUAUUGUCCAUGUCACUGCCAAGGACAAGGCAACCAGCAAGGACCAGUCUAUGAUGAUCAUGUCCUUGUUGGGUCUGAGUGACAAGGACAUUGGGCACAUGAUCUCUAAUGCUAAGAAGUAUGCUGAUGCAGAUAGGGCAUGUCAAGAACUCAUUAAGGAAGCAAACAGAGGCAAGUCAGUCUGUGUGGACACAGAGAAGGUCAAGGACCAACUUGAUGCUGCCAAGAGGGAAGUGUUGAAACCCAUUGGCAAACUUCAUGAAUUGGCCUUGAAAGGUCUCACUGGCAAUGCCUCUGUCACUGCUGAGCAAAUCAAGGAGAAGAUCAGUGAGACUUGA